AUGGAAUACAAUAAUUUCACACCUCCGAUCACAAUCAAAAAUAGUUCUCCCAUUGCUACUUCUGGUAUAGCAGCUUUGUUAUUACCAAAUGGAAGGACAACACAUUCACGAUUUCAUAUUCCAUUGGAUGUCACUCCAGAGACAACCUGUGAUAUAAAACAUGGAAGUCAACUAGCUGAACUUUUAAAUAAAACUCUACUGAUUAUCUGGGAUGAAGCGCCAAUGGUAGGAGAGGGAUCAAAUUAUGAUGCAGCAAAUAAGGACAUGAUUAAACUGUCACAUGAUGUUUGCAUUGUACCAUUUGGCGAUCCUAUCGGAUCCAUUGUGGAAGACGUAUAUCCAUCGCUAUUACAGAAGUACAACAACCCAGAAUAUUUGAAAGAAAGGGCAAUACUCACACCUAAAAAUGAACUGGUACAUGAGUUAAAUGAAAUAAUUAUGAAGAUGAUACUCGUGGAAGGGAGAACAUAUUAUAGCUCAGAUAAUGUGUGUAAAUCAAGUGUAAACACUAACAAGGAAGAUGUAUUGUACCCAACUGAAUUUUUAAACAACCUGCGCUUUCCAGGGAUCCCGAACCAUGACAUACAGUUAAAAGUAGGAAUUCUUGUUAUGCUUCUGAGGAAUCUAAACCAAACAGAAGUCCUUUGCAAUGGAACAAGAUUAGUCAUCACACAUCUUGGUAUUUGGUCAGUCAGCGCAAACAUCAUUUCAGGUAAGAACCUUGGUUCACGUGUCACAAUUCCAAGAAUUAUUUUUUACCGAACGAAACAAAGUGGCCAUUCAAGUUACAAAGGCGACAACUAUCAUUAG